UAGUGUAGAGAAGCUGGAGCAGGCUAAGGUGGAGAUAGACGAUGGGAAGGGUGAGAGUGCUGAACCUGGCACCAUGUACCAGUAAGUGUGCUGAACCUGAUGUACCAGAUCAUUCCACCUCAAAAAAAAGCACAAGAAGAAAGAGGAAAUCAUUUCUGUAGUUAGAAACGGAUACAAUUAGCAUUCCAGAAACAUUAUUUUGUUGAAAUAUAAUUUAAUCUCUGAGAAAUUAAACUAAUUGAUUGCACCCAAAUUGGCCAUUUAUAAUUUAUAGGAUUCAUAUAAUCUUCAGUAAAUAUAACAUCCAAUUUGGAUUAUUGUUCUUCCUAAUGAGGAGUUAGGCAUGAGGAAUCCAAUACAAUGGUCAAAAGCCACCCACCACACCAAUCCCACCCCAAGAACCAGUAUACAGUAUCAGUUCUCUAUGUUUGAGUAGUAUAAAGAUGCGGUUUGGAGUAUUGCUUCUUCAUCCUUUGUAAUGUAUUUCCUGUGAAUCUGAUGUUUUAAAUGUAAUUUUUUUUCCUGGUAAUUGAAAUUUGCCAAUUUAAAGACGCUGAGUGGCGCAGUGGUCUAAGGCACUGCAUCGCAGUGCUAACUGUGCCACUAGAGAUCCUGGUUCGAAUCCAGGCUCUGUCGCAGCCGGCCGCGACCGGGAGACUCAUGGGCGGCGCACAAUUGGCCCAGCGUCGUCCAGGGUAGGGGAGGGAAUGGCCGGCAGGGAUGUAGCUCAGUUGAUAGAGCAUGGCGUUUGCAACGCCAGGGUUGUGGGUUUGAUUCCCACGGGGGGCCAGUAUAAAAAAAUAUAUAUGUAUUCACUAACUGUAAGUCGCUCUGGAUAAGAGCGUCUGCUAAAUGACUAAAAUGUAAUGUAAAAUGUUGCAUAAUUUAACAUGAAUUAGUGUGGCAGUGCAACAUUUUGACCACUAGAUGCUGCUGUUCCUGAUACUUUUAUACAUUUUGCUGGUCUCUUGUGUUUAUUAAAUAGAUCACAACAUUUUCUUUGCAACUUUGGGUAGAAAACCUUUUGUUCAUGAUGAAAACACAAGAGAUCAGCAAAAUUGAUAAAAUGGUGUGGUGGCAGUAGUAGGAACAGCGGCAUCUAGUGGUCGAAACGUGGUACUGCCACACUAAUUUAUGGUAUAGAAUGCAUGUGACUUUAUGGUGAAUGCAAGAGAAAAUGGCACAUUUCUCUAAACAGGAAAAACCCAUCACCAGAUUCACAGGAAAUACAUUAGAGGAUGAAGAAGCAAUACUCCAAACCGCAUAUUUAUACUGCUCAAACAUAGAGAACUGAUACUGUAUACUGGUUGUUGUGGUGGGAUUGGUGGGGGGGGGGGGGGUCUGUGGGUGGCAAUUUAUUGGAUUCCUCAUGUCUUACUCAUUGUUAGGAAGAAUUAUGGUCCAAAUCAGAUGUUCUUUAUUGAAGGUUAUAUUAAUCCUAUGAAUUAAAAUGGCCAAUUUGGGUGCUAUCAGUUAGCUUAAUUUCUCAGCGAUCAAAUUCAAUUUCAACAAAAUAAUGUUGCAGGAAUGCUAAUCUCAUCCGUUACUAACUACAGAAACAAUUUUAGAACAAUCUGAGAUGGUGGGUGUCAUGGCUGAAAUGACCCACCAGUAAGUACUAAGGUUACAAGUGCAGCAUCACACACCUCAUAUGUAUAGAAAUGUUGUUUCUGAGGAAAUUGUCAUAAUUCGUUUUUUCUUUCGUCCUCGUUCUACAGAGAUAUUCGGAUGAAGAUCACACCUUUUGUCAUGUCCUUCGGAUUCCGGUAGGCCCAAUUACUCUGAUGAUGAUGAUGAUGAUGAUGGGGAUGAUGAUUCUCUGUCUCUCUCUCUCUGUCUCUGACUCUCUGACUCUGACUCUGACUCUGAUUCCAGUAUGUUUGGUGUGGUGCUGAUCAUAGUGGAUAUAGUGUUGGUGAUAGUGGACCUGUCUCUGAUGACACGGAGCAGAGAUGUGGGGGACGCUCUAGAGACGAUCUCUCUCAUCAUCUCUCUGUUCUUCCUCACCGACGUGCUGCUACGGGUCUAUGUAGAGGGGUGAGAGAGAGAGUGAACAGUAUAUGUGUGUUUUUGUUUGUGUGAGUGGAUGAAAUGAAAGAGUGAAAGUGAGACUAGGAAAGAGAAAGAGCAGGAAGGAGGGAGAGCUGUGCUGUUUAUGAUGAGCUGUUAAACAGGAAGUCAUGUGCAGGAAAUGGUUCCAGGAAGUGCCCUCUGGGAACACACUGAUGAAUCAUCAUAGAAAUGACUUCAACUCUUUGAAUCAGCUUUGUGGUGCCAAAAACUAAAACAUGCACAGGACUGAGUUUGGGAAAGUCAGCCGGGAUAGUCAGCCGGGAUAGUCAGCCGGGAUAGUCAGCCGGGAUAGUCAGCAGGGAUAGUCAGCCGGGAUAGUCAGCCGGGAUAGUCAGCCGGGAUAGUCAGCAGGGAUAGUCAGCCGGGAUAGUCAGCAGGGAUAGUCAGCCGGGAAAGUCAGCCGGGAAAGUCAGCAGGGAUAGUCAGCAGGGAUAGUCAGCCGGGAUAGUCAGCCGGGAUAGUCAGCCGGGAUAGUCAUCCGGGAUAGUCAGCCGGGAUAGUGUGUCUUUGUUUGUCUCUCGUCUAACUGUCUGUCUGUCUGUCUGUGUCUCGUCUCACUCAGUGGUUCCCAAACCUUUUUACUCAGGCCCCCCUUCCAGCUUUGGGGAACAUCCCGCGCUCCCCCUGCCAUAUCUAUUUCUAUUUCUAUGGGCACAAGCACUGUUCAUGACACAAUCUGUUCACACACCUCUUGUUGGUAGAGAGAACAUUUUGCAGGUUUAAAGCUUAUUUCCUGCUAUUCUACACAUUUUGUCAUGGCGUGCAGAAUACAUUUUGCAGUUUUAAAGCACAUUUUCUUGCAAUUCUGUACAUUUUGCCAUGCCUAAUGUGUAUUCAUGUGAUAUUUGAGUGACCCCCUCGCCCCCCUUACCGACCCCUCGCAGUUUGGGAAGCACUGGUCGAACUAUCUGUGUGACUGUCUGACUGUCUGUGUGUUUGUCUGUCUGACUGUCUCUGUGUGACUGUCUGUGUGUCCGUCUGUGUGUCCGUCUGUGUGUCCGUCUGUGUGACUGUCUCUGUGUGUGUGUCUCUGUCUGUCUGUGUGUGUCUGUGUGUCCGUCUGUGUGUGUCUGUGUGUCCGUCUGUGUGACUGUCUGGUGUGUGUUUCAGGUUCAAGGUGUACUUCAGUUCCAGGCUGAAUAUCAUAGAUGCCUGUAUAGUUGUCAUCACCCUGGUUGUUACUAUGAUCUACACCUUCUCUGACCUGACAGGGGCCAGCCUUAUACCCAGGUACGUACAGGUGUGGGUGUCACUACAGAGGCCAGCCUCACCCCAGGUACACACACACACAACACCUGACUGUAUCUCUGCUUGACCCUCUCCUUUCACCCUCUUCAGUCCCGUCCCACCAUCCUGUUUCCUCUGCCAUGAUUGUUUUUGGCCCAUUCCAUGUUUUGAUGUAUAUUGAUAUACUGUAUAUUACCCUCUUUCUUGCUCUUUUCAGGGUGGUGACGUUCCUGCGUUCUCUGAGGAUUAUAAUCCUGGUCAGGAUCUUCAGAUUAGCCUCUCAGAAGAAAGAACUGGAGAAGGUCACCAGGAGGAUGGUGAGGUCAUCUCCAUGGCAACAGUGUUUGAGGUUAUUUGUGGGGUUAAGUGCCUUGCUCAACGGCCUGGGCACUCCUUCCACUUUCAUCCCUGGGAUUUGAAUCCACUUUCCAUUGAAGCUUGCUUAAAUGCUUAAAAAUAUGUACAAGCGGAGUACUGAUCAGAGAAAUGAUAUGUACAAACGGAGUACUGAUCAGAGAAAUGAUAUGUACAAACGGAGUACUGAUCAGAGAAAUGUGCUCUGUUUUGCAUACUUUGAUUUGGACUCAUGCUCCGACCCUCCCGUGCUCGGAGCACGGUAGUAUGUAUAUUGAAAAACAUCCAUAGUGUCAAUGAUCCUCAUAUAACCUCUGACCCCUACCCUCUGACCUCUAACCUCUCUCCUGUCAGGUGUCUGAGAACAAGCGUCGCUACCAGAAAGACGGCUUUGACCUGGACCUGACCUACGUCACAGGUUAUAUCUCACUCACACCUGGACUAGACCUACGUCACAGGUUAUAUCACACACACCUGGCUAGGACCUCGUCAAAGGUUAUUUUUUUGAUCUCACACCUGGACUAGACCUACGUCACAGGUUAUUAUCACACACCUGGACUAGACCUAGUCAGGUUAUAUAUCAAACACAACCUGGACUAGACCUACGUCACAGGUUAUACACCACCUGGAUAGACCAACGUCAAAGGUUAUAUCACCACCGGACUAGACCUACGUCACAGGUUAUCUCACACACACCUGGACUGACCUACGCCACAGGUUAUAUCACACACACCUGGAAUAGACCUACGCCACAGGUUAUAUCUCACACCUGGACUAGACCUACGUCACAGGUUAUAUCUCACACACCUGGACUAGACCUACGUCACAGGUUAUAUCUCACACCUGGACUAGACCUACGUCACAGGUUAUAUCACACACCUGGACUAGACCUACGUCACAGGUUAUAUCACACACACUGGACUAGACCUACGUCACAGGUUAUAUCCACACACCUGGACUAGACCUACGUCACAGGUUAUAUCACCACACCUGGACUAGACCUACGUCACAGGUUAUAUCACACACACCUGGACUAGACCUACGUCACAGGUUAUAUCACACACCUGGACUAGACCUACGUCACAGGUUAUAUCACACACCUGGACUAGACCUACGUCACAGGUUAUAUCACACACCUGGACUAGACCUACGUCACAGGUUAUAUCACACACCUGGACUAGACCUACGCCACAGGUUAUAUCACACACACUGGACUAGACCUACGUCACAGGUUAUAUCACACCACACCUGGACUAGACCUACGUCACAGGUUAUAUCACAACACACCUGGACUAGACCUACAUCACAGGUUAUAUCACACACAAACCUGGACUAGACCUACGUCACAUGGUUAUAUCACACACACACCUGGACUAGACCUACGUCACAGGUUAUAUCACACACCUGGACUAGACCUACGUCACAGGUUAUAUCACACACACACCUGGACUAGACCUACGUCACAGGUUAUAUCACACACACCUGGACUAGACCUACGUCACAGGUUAUAUCACACACCUGGACUAGACCUACGUCACAGGUUAUAUCACACACCUGGGAACUAGACCACGCCACAGGUUAUAUCACACACCUGGACUAGACCUACGUCACAGGUUAUAUCACACACACACCUGGACUAGACUACGUCAAGGUUAUAUCACACACACUCGGACUAGACCUACGUCACAGGUUUAUAUCACACACCUGGACUAGACCUACGUCACAGGUUAUAUCACACACCUGGACUAGACCUACGUCACAGGUUAUAUCACACACCUGGACUAGACCCUACGCCACAGGUUAUAUCACACACACACCUGGACUAGACCUACGUCACAGGUUAUAUCACACACACACCUGGACUAGACCUACGCACAGGUUAUAUCACACACCUGGACUAGACCUACGUCACAGGUAUAUCACACACACCGGACUAGACCUACGUCACAGGUUAUAUCACACAACCUGGACUAGACCUACGCCACAGGUUAUAUCACACACCUGGACUAGACCUACGUCACAGGUUAUAUCACACACCUGGACUAGACCUACGUCACAGGUUAUAUCCACACACACCUGGACUAGACCUACAUCACAGUUAUAUCACACACACCUGGACUAGACCUACGUCACAGGUUAUAUCCACACACCUGGACUAGACCUAUGUCACAGGUAUAUCACACACACACUGGACUAGACCUACGUCACAGGUUAUAUCACACACACAUGGACUAGACCUACGUCCAGGUUAUAUCACACACACACCUGGACUAGACCUACGUCACAGGUUAUAUCACACACCUGGGACUAGACCUACGUCACAGGUUAUAUCAACACACCUGGACUAGACCUACGUCACAGGUUAUAUCACACACCUGGACUAGACCUACGUCCAGGUUAUAUCACACACACACCUGGACUAGACCUACGUCAACAGGUUAUAUCACACACCUGGACUAGACCUACGUCACAGGUUAUAUCACACACCUGGACUAGACCUAGUCACAGGGUUAUAUCACACACACCUGGACUAGACCUACGUCACAGGUUAUAUCACACCACACCUGGACUAGACCUACGUCCACAGGUUAUAUCACACACACACCUGGACUAGACCUACGUCACAGGUUAUAUCACACACACUGGACUAGACCUACGUCACAGGUUAUAUCACACACACACCUGGACUAGACAUACGUCACAGGUUAUAUCACACACACCCUGGACUAGACCUACGUCACAGGUUAUAUCACACACACCUGGACUAGACCUACGUCACAGGUUAUAUCACACACCUGGACUAGACCUACGUCACAGGUUAUAUCACACACACUGGACUAGACCUACGCCACAGGUUAUAUCACACACACACCUGGACUAGACCUACGUCACAGGUUAUAUCACCACACCUGGGACUAGACCUACGCCACAGGUUAUAUCACACACACACUGGACUAGACCUACGUCACAGGUUAUAUCACACACACCUGGACUAGACCUACGCCACAGGUUUAUCCACACACACCUGGACUAGACCUACGCCACAGGUUAUAUCACACACACCUGGACAUAGACCUACGUCACAGGUUAUAUCACCACACCGACUAGACCUACGCCACAGGUUAUAUCACACACCCUGGACUAGACCUACGUCACAGGUUAUAUCACACACCUGGACUAGACCUACGUCACAGGUUAUAUCACAACACCUGGACUAGACCUACGUCACAGGUUAUAUCACACACCUGGACUAGACCUACGUCACAGGUUAUAUCACACACACACCUGGACUAGACCUACGCCACAGGUUAUAUCACACACACCUGGACUAGACCUACGUCACAGGUUAUAUCACACCCACCUGGACUAGACCUACGUCACAGGUUAUAUACACAACACCUGGACUAGACCUACGUCACAGGUUAUAUCACACCACUGGACUAGACCUACGUCACAGGUAUAUCCACACACCUGGACUAGACCUACGUCACAGUUAUAUCACACACAACCUGGACUAGACCUACGUCCACAGGUUAUAUCACACACACCUGGACUAGACCUACGCCACAGGUUAUAUCACACACACACCUGGACUAGAACCUACGCCACAGGUUAUAUCACACACACACCUGGACUAGACCUACGUCACAGGUUAUAUCACACACCUGGACUAGACCUACGUCCACAGGUAUAUCACACACACCUGGACUAGACCUACGUCACAGGUUAUAUCACCACACCCUGGACUAGACCUACGUCACAGGUUAUAUCACACACACCUGGACUAGACCUACGUCACAGGUUAUAUCACACACACCUGGACUAGACCUACGUCACAGGUUAUAUCACACACACCUGGACUAGACCUACGUCCACAGGUUAUAUCCACACACCUGGACUAGACCUACGUCACAGGUUAUAUCACACACACCUGGACUAGACUACGUCACAGGUUAUAUCACACACACCUGGACUAGACCUACGUCACAGGUUAUAUCACACACCUGGACUAGACCUACGUCACAGGUUAUAUCACACACACCUGGACUAGACCUACGUCACAGGUUAUAUCAACCACACCUGGACUAGACCUACGUCACAGGUUUAUAUCACACACACCUGGACUAGACCUACGUCACAGGUUAUAUCACACCACACCUGGACUAGACCUACGUCACAGGUUAUAUCACACACCUGGACUAGACCUACGUCACAGGUUAUAUCACCACACACCUGGACUAGACCUACAUCACAGGUUAUAUCACACACCUGGACUAGACCUACGCCACAGGUUAUAUCACACACCUGGACUAGACCUACGUCACAGGUUAUAUCACACACACACCUGGACUAGACCUACGUCACAGGUUAUAUCACACACCUGGACUAGACCUACGUCACAGGUUAUAUCACACACACCUGGACUAGACCUACGCCACAGGUUAUAUCACACACACACCUGGACUAGACCUACGUCACAGGUUAUAUCACACACACACCUGGACUAGACCUACGUCACAGGUUAUAUCACACACACACCUGGACUGACCUACCAGGUUAUAAUUCACCCUGGACUAGACCUACGUCACAGGUUAUAUCACACACCUGGACUAGACCUACGUCACAGGUUAUAUCACACACACCUGGACUAGACCUACGUCACAGGUUAUAUCACACACACACCUGGACUAGACCUACAUCACAGGUUAUAUCACACACCUGGACUAGACCUACGCCACAGGUUAUAUCACACACACACCUGGACUAGACCUACGUCACAGGUUAUAUCACACACCUGGACUAGACCUACGUCACAGGUAUUAUCACACACACACCUGGACUAGACCUACGUCACAGGUUAUAUCACACACCUGGACUAGACCUACGUCACAGGUUAUAUCACACACCUGGACUAGACCUACGUCACAGGUUAUAUCACACACACCCUGGACUAGACCCUACGUCACAGGUUAUAUCACACACCUGGACUAGACCUACGUCACAGGUUAUAUCACACAACCUGGACUAGACCUACGUCACAGGUUAUAUCACACACCUGGACUAGACCUACGUCACAGGUUAUAUACACACACCUGGAAUAGACCUACGUCACAGGUUAUAUCACACACCUGGACUAGACCUACGUCACAGGUUAUAUCACACACCUGGACUAGACCUACGUCACAGGUUAUAUCACACACACCUGGACUAGACCUACGUCACAGGUUAUAUCACACACCUGGACUAGACCUACGUCACAGGUUAUAUCACACACACACCUGGACUAGACCUACGUCACAGGUUAUAUCAACACACCUGGACUAGAACCUACGUCACAGGUUAUACACACACCUGGACUAGACCUACGCCACAGGUUAUAUCACACACACACCUGGACUAGACCUACGUCCACAGGUUAUAUCACACACCUGGACUAGACCUACGUCACAGGUUAUAUCACACACCUGGACUAGACCUACGUCACAGGUUAUAUCACACACCCUGGACUAGACCUACGUCACAGGUUAUAUCACACUCACACCUGGACUAGACCUACGUCACAGGUUAUAUCACACACACCUGGACUAGACCUACGUCACAGGUUAUAUCCACACACCUGGACUAGACCUACGUCACAGGUUAUAUCACACACCUGGACUAGACCUACGUCACAGGUUAUAUCACACACCUGGACUAGACCUACGUCACAGGUUAUAUCACACACACACCUGGACUAGACCUACGUCACAGGUUAUAUCACACACCUGGACUAGACCUACGUCACAGGUUAUAUCACACACACACCUGGACUAGACCUACGUCACAGGUUAUAUCUCACACCUGGACUAGACCUACGUCACAGGUUAUAUCACACACCUGGACUAGACCUACAUCACAGGUUAUAUCUCACACCUGGACUAGACCUACGUCACAGGUUAUAUCACACACCUGGACUAGACCUACGUCACAGGUUAUAUCACACACCUGGACUAGACCUACGUCACAGGUUAUAUCACACACACACCUGGACUAGACCUACGUCACAGGUUAUAUCACACACACACCUGGACUAGACCUACCCACAGGUUAUAUCUCACACACACCUGGACUAGACCUACGUCACAGGUUAUAUCACACACCUGGACUAGACCUACGUCACAGGUUAUAUCACACACCUGGACUAGACCUACGUCACAGGUUAUAUCACACACACACCUGGACUAGACCUACGUCACAGGUUAUAUCACACACCUGGACUAGACCUACGUCACAGGUUAUAUCACACACACUGGACUAGACCUACGUCACAGGUUAUAUCACACACACACCUGGACUAGACCUACGUCACAGGUUAUAUCACACACCUGGACUAGACCUACGCCACAGGUUAUAUCACACACACACCUGGACUAGACCUACGUCACAGGUUAUAUCACACACCUGGACUAGACCUACGUCACAGGUUAUAUCUCACACACACCUGGACUAGACCUACGUCACAGGUUAUAUCACACACACACCUGGACUAGACCUACGUCACAGGUUAUAUCACACACCUGGACUAGACCUACGUCACAGGUUAUAUCACACACCUGGACUAGACCUACGUCACAGGUGAGCUGUUUAAGUGAAAGACUGUUAGGAAUGUAUCAUGAAUGUUGAUGGUAUAUUGCAUAUGAGUGGCACUUACUAGCUCUCUCUCUCUCUCUCUCUCUCUCUCUCUCUCUCUCUCUCCUCUCUCUUUCUCUCUCCUCUCUCUCUCUCUCUCUCUCUCUCUCUCUCUUCCCUCUCCUCCAGAUCGUGUCAUUGCCAUGUCGUUCCCCUCCUCUGGGAAACAAGCCCUCUACAGAAACCCCAUCAGGGUAAGAGAACACACACAGAUUACACUAUAGGGAAUGUUCCGAUAUUGUCAAUACGGUAAUUGACUCCUAAAGGUCAGUAAUAUCUCUUCUCUCCCUGCUCAUCUCAGGAGGUAGCUAGGUUCCUAGACAACACACACACACACACACACACACACACACACAAGGUGACCAGAGAGGGUAAAGGGUCAGAUAUCAGUUAGCUGUUUUAGUGUGUAGAGAAUAAUCACUUCUCUCUGCUCUUCUCAGGAGGUAGCUAGGUUCCUAGACACACACACACACACACACACACACACACAAGGUGACCAGAGAGGGUAAAGGGUCAGAUAGCAGUUCGCUGUUUUAGUGUGUAGAGAAUAAUCACUUCUCUCUGCUCUUCUCAGGAGGUAGCUAGGUUCCUAGACACACACACACACACACGGUGACCAGAGAGCGUAAAGGGUCAGAUAUCAGUUCGCUGUUUUAGUGUGUAGAGAAUAAUCUAUUCUCUCUGCUCUUCUCAGGAGGUGGCUAGGUUCCUAGAUACCAAACAUGAAGACCACUACAGAGUAUACAACCUCUGCAGUAAGUACACACUGCUUCCAGUCCACUACAGAGUAUACAACCUCGGCAGUAAGUACACACUGCUUUCAGUCCACUACAGAGUAUACAACCUCGGCAGUAAGUACACACUGCUUCUAGUCCACUACAGAGUAUACAACCUCUGCAGUAAGUACACACUGCUUCCAGUCCACUACAGAGUAUACAACCUCUGCAGUAAGUACACACUGCUUCCAGUCCACUACAGAGUAUACAACCUCUGCAGUAAGUACACACUGCUUCCAGUCCACUACAGAGUAUACAACCUCUGCAGUAAGUACACACUGCUUCCAGUCCACUACAGAGUAUACAACCUCUGCAGUAAGUACACACUGCUUUCAGUCCACUACGAAGUAUAUAAUCCAUGUCGUCCGUGUGAAACGUUCUGUUUAUAAUGAUAAGAUGUCCAUGUUUAUCAUAAUCGUUCUGAUCCCAGUUCUGUGGAACGUCUGGUGAUCCCUGAGGAGAGGGUUGGGAAACCCCUUCUCCUGACAUGUUAUUGCUGUUUUGUUGUCUCUCUUCAGGUGAGAAAGGUUAUGACCCCAAGUUCUUCCACUACAGAGUAGAGCGAGUGUUUAUCGACGACCACAACGUGCCUUCUCUAGAG